AUGAAUACCCCAGCAGGCGGCGCGCCCGGCGCACAACAGUACGACCCUAAUGACCCCAACGUAAAAUGGCUCAGCAACCUGACGGAGUCAUGCUAUGCGAAGACCGCCAUGGCAGGCGUGGCGGGGUUCGGUCUGGGCGGCAUGUUCGGCCUCUUCAUGGCAUCGAUGGCCUACGACACACCCUUCCAUACUGCUAAUACUGCCCCUGCCACCGCAACCGCCGCCUCUGCCACCGCCGCGGCGACGACAUCCACAUCCACACCCGCCCCGGCAGCGGCAGCAGCCGGCGCCAAGCCCGUCGCCAAGCCCAUCACCGCCGGCGCCGGCUCGAUAACAGCGGCAGCGGCUCCGACUGCUACCGUCUCGGCCGCCUCGAUUCCGACGCCCGGCUCUGCCGCGGCGACGGCGGCGGCGGCCACCGGCCCGACGCCGGUGACGUCGGUCCCGCUGCGCCGGCAGCUGGCGCACGGGUUCAAGGACAUGGGGACGCGGUCGUAUUCGACGGCCAAGAACUUCGGGGCGGUCGGCGCGCUGUUUUCGGGGAUCGAGUGCGGCAUCGAGGGCCUGCGGGCCAAGAACGACCUCGCCAACGGCGUGGCGGCGGGGUGCCUGACGGGCGCGAUCCUGGCGCGCAACGCGGGCCCACAGGCCGCCGCCGUGGGGUGCGCGGGCUUCGCGGCGUUCAGUGCUGCUAUUGAUACGUGGCUGAGGAUGCCGAAGGAUGAGUGA